AGGUUAAAUAACUCCUAAUUCCAGUCAAUUAAUAAUUUUGACUUUGUCUUAACAGUGGACUAACCGAAUUACUAAUUACGCAAUUUACACUUCAAAGACUAUAACGACACCGCAUUCUGUCAACACAAGAAGACAGGCAAAGUAGAGUGUCCACUGGUUCAGGCCGAAAAAAUCUACCUGUCUCUUCCUCUCCCUAAACGCAGUGAAUGGCCGCCCAUUCUUCUCAUCUUCUGUUUUCUUAACCGUGAACCGCCCAAAAUUUAACCCUAACUGCAAAACCACUUAACAGAAACCAUGAACAUCUACUUCUUCUUAGCUUCACUCUUGGUCUUGACCUCUUUUUCUGUUAUUUUUUCCAUUGAUGAUGAUGUGAAGUGUCUUGAAGGCAUCCAGGCAUCUCUCAAAGACCCUGAAGGGAAGCUUUCCUGGUCCUUCGCCAAUCCCACUGUCGAGUCAAUCUGCAAGCUAAACGGCGUGUCGUGUUGGAACCAGAAGGAGGCCCGAAUCAUCAGUCUGGAUUUAGGUUCAAUGCAACUCUCCGGUCGACUGCCCGAGUCCUUGAACCUCUGUCACAGCUUGCAAACUCUGAAUCUCUCGAAUAACGAUAUCUCCGGGCCGAUUCCGGUGGAGCUCUGCUCCUGGCUGCCUUACAUAGUGACACUUGAUCUCUCAAACAAUCAACUUUCCGGUCCCAUCCCAUCUCAGAUAGUUGGGUGCGAGUAUCUUAACAAGCUUGUCUUAAGUAACAAUAAAUUGUCGGGUUCGAUUCCGUACGAAGUGGGCCGGUUGGAUCGGUUAAGGGAAUUUUCUGUUGCUGGGAAUGCUCUGUCUGGAUCAAUACCGUCUGAUCUUGCGAAAUUUAAAGGAGAAAGUUUUGAAGGGAAUAAAGGACUCUGUGGGAAUCCUUUGGGGAAAUGCCGAGGGUCGCCUGAUGACGUUGUACUUGUCUCUUUAUCAGACAAAGAUAAUUUGUCUUUACUUGAUGAAAUCGGUCAAGUGGAAACGCUGCUAGGGAGAGAAGAAGAUGGUGGUAAGGUCGACUGACAAAGGGAACGACAAUCGAUCAUUGGAGAUGGAA